GGUGCACUACUCUCAAACCUGAGAGCUGUGCUUCACAGCACACCAAGAAGCUCUCUUGUUUAAUCCCACCAUUCACUGUUUAUUCCAGCAAAUUACCAUCGCUGCCGGAAGAGAAAUCAACAUUUUUCUUACUUAGGGAAAGACUAGACCCGGUCACGACCUACUCCUGGCGGAGCUUUCACUAUGUCCGCCGUCGAUGCGCGGCAGGACGAUUCAGUGUCCGAAGAAUCAGCGAUGUCCACAUCGCUGAAAUCGGAUUUCAGUUCACAGGCCUGUAACAUCCUGGCAGAGCUGCGCGAGCAGGGAGAACUGUGUGAUGCCGUCAUCAGGGUCGGGGACGUCGUCUUUCCCAUACACAGGAACAUCCUCUCUGCCUGCAGCAGCUUCUUCCGUGCUCUGUUCACCAGCCAGGUAGGUGAGAACCCCACCAAUCAACACGAGAUCACGUUAACUCACGUGAACAGUGACGUCAUGUCGGUCAUCAUUGACUACGCCUACACUCGACACGCCAAGGUGACGUCAGCGAAUGUUGAGCAACUGUUGCCCGCGGCUGACCAGUUUCAUUUCAUGGGAUUAGUCAAGGACUGUUGUGAUUUCCUCAUAUCAGAACUGUGUGCCGAUAACUGCAUCGGGAUACGAAAGUUCGCACAAACCUACUUCUGCUCGAACCUGGAACAGCAGGCACUCAAGUACGUCCUGGUCAACUUCACGUCCGUCUAUACCAACAGCAACGAGUUUCUUCAGCUGGACAUUGACGAGGUGUGUGAGAUACUCCAGUCAGAACACCUGAAUGUGAGAACAGAGGAGCUGGUGUUUGAUGCUUUGUGUCGGUGGAUCGACUACAGCCCUGAUAGAAGAAAACGUCACAUCGCCCGCCUACUGAGGACCAUCCGACUCGGUCUACUGACUACAAGUUUUUUCGUCGAGAAGGUGAAGCCUCAUGAAUACGUUAAAGACAGCGAGCAGUGCCGUCCUAUUAUCAUCGAGACGCUGAGGUUCUUGUAUGAGCUGGACAUGGAUGAUAGGAGAGAGGUGGACAUGAGCAACCCUAUAGCUAGACCCAGGAUCCCUCAUGAGGUGAUGUUUGUGAUUGGUGGAUGGAGUGGUGGGGCACCGACCAACAUGGUGGAGACGUACGACACACGGGCCGACCGCUGGGUCGUCUGCCCAGUGGCGGAUGCAGGUCCUCGCGCCUACCAUGGCAUGAUUACGAUGGGCCAUACGAUCUACGUCAUUGGCGGAUUUGAUGGGGUCGAGUACUUCAACAGCUGCAGAACCUUCGACCCUGUGAACAAAGUCUGGGCCGAGGCGCCGCCUAUGAAUUGUAAAAGGUGUUACGUCAGUGUGGCUCUACUGGACGGCCACAUCUACGCCAUGGGAGGCUUUGACGGCCACGUCCGGCAGAACUCGGUCGAGAGGUUCACAAAGGAGACGAACCAGUGGAGUCUGAUCAGACCCAUGCACCACCAGCGGAGUGACGCUUCGGCCACAACCCUGAACGGAAAGGUUUACAUAUGCGGUGGCUUCAACGGCCAGGAGUGCCUGAACUCGGCUGAGUACUACAGCCCAGACACCAGCCAGUGGACGCUCAUCAACAACAUGAACAACAGGCGCAGUGGCGUCGGCGUCAUCGCCUACAACGAGUGCAUCUACGCCCUGGGCGGCUUCAACGGCGUGACCAGGAUGAACACGGGGGAGAGAUUCUGUCCCAGGACACGCCAGUGGGUGGACAUCCCGGAGAUGUACAGCCCCAGGAGCAACUUCGCUACAGAGAUAAUUGACGACAUGCUGUUUGCUAUUGGAGGCUUUAACGGAGUUACAACCAUCUUUAAUGUGGAAUGUUACGACUCGAACGCUGACGAAUGGUAUGAUGCCACCGAUAUGAGUCUGUAUCGCAGCGCCCUCAGCGCAUGCGUGGUCAAGGGUCUACCGAAUGUCCAAGAUUAUAUCUACCAAAACAGACUUUUCCGAAACCCAGACACUUCAACCAAUGUCGACCCGUCCCCCGACUCUAUAACCAACUCCGGGUGACCUCGACUACAUCAGCAGUGGGGGUCCUUCAUAGCAACUUUAAUCCUCCACUACACUCAAAGAAUCAACCUAAGAAAAAGAUCUCCCCAGAGAUAUGCUAUUCCAAACAAGGGCGUUAAUCAAUGUUUACAUCAUGGGAGACUACAUGAUAAUGAAUGAUCAACAAGAGAGACUGAGUAAACGUCAUCAAAUUUUAAAGAGUCGAACCAUCACGAAACAAAUUUAAAAUGUUCUUAUUUUUAACUUGGUUUUUAGCUGUAAAGUAACAAAAAGCACUAAAGCUUUUCUACUAUGUCCCAUAACUCUUGGUGUACUUUCAGCUAGCCAAGUACGUUAAAGAAUCCCAACCUCGGGUACUUUGAUUUCAAUUUUUACCUAAGUAUUCGAUUAAAAUAUUAACGUAACAUUUUUAAAAAGAAAAAAAAACAUCUGUUUGAAGCAAAUUAAAAUCACGAAUGCAAACAAAAAAUAAAUGAAAGAUA